GCACCAGCCUCAAUACGAGGCUAUAUAUUGCGUCAUUCAUGAAAUGACGUCGUAUCCAUUAUUUUUUCAUUCCUUUCGUCCGAUCUUCACAAGCAAAUAUAUAUUUCGCCAUUCAAAAUUAAACUGUUUGAUGCAGAUCAUCAUGUCUGCGCCAAAUAAGAAACCCAAUAUCGAUGUGUUAUUCCUAGAAAAUGUGCCUUCGCUCUCUAAGAUUGCCGGGCACAAAGCGAUUGAACAGAACGAAGGUAUGAAUGUGGUGUUUAUGACACUGAUGUAUAUGACAACUGUUUGUAAACUACGAAAUAACGGAAAUAACACAGCAACUGCCGAAGAGAUUAAUACCUGGGCCAAGGAAAUUGCGAUGAGAAUAUGUCAAAAGCAUAUUGGGACUGAAAUAUUGGAAAAUAUACAUUCCCUAAAACGGUCUGUCGGUGAGUUCCAUGUCUGUACUAAUUUUUACUCUUAAUCAUAAUUGCUACAUUUUUAUAUGUUCUAUAUAUAUAGCUAGUUGAUAUAUAAGUGUACAAUCAUAACCAUCUUUCAAUCGAAAGUUGUCGAUCUUUAUCUGUUCAUAGACACCAUAAAAUAGAUUAAAAUGAAUGGGAUGAUGUUCCGGUGAAAGCCCGGCAUAUUUUUGUUUGACGUGCAUGCAUUGUCGUUGUUUAAAUGCAUUUGGCAUCAAAUUUCAACUGCUUAUACAAGUGCAUUUUAUAAUUUUUCUUUUUCAAGAAGUUUAUAAUCAUGUAAUUUCAUAGGGGAAAAUAUUUUCCCCCUUGCCCUACCGCUAUACGCUUUUAUAUGUUGGGAUUUAAAUACAUCAAACUUUGGUACAUAUAUGGUUAUUCCCCUUCACGUAUACAUCGGCUCCAAAUUGCGUUGUUGCAUGUUGUCAUCAAAUAAAACCUCAGUUAUAGUCCCUCUCAGGAAAAUAGAGGUAGGCCUAUAUACCGAAACGUAAACUGUCAUGCAUGUAUACAUUUGGGCAUUUUACUCGAUUUUUAUCUACACUGAGAAGUGUUUGUGUGUUUAUUAUAAAGAUAUUAAAGUAUACACUUCCUUCCGAAGUAGCCUACUCAGUGAUUAGCUAUAUAUAAGCUUUUAAGAUCAAAGUAAGUUAAGAAGGGACCGUUAAGUAUAUACUUAACUUUUAAGAGUUACAUGAGAACUAUAUAUUAAAUGAGAACAUCAUACCAUUAAUUGGCGUUAUAUUAUAGCUACAAGUAAUUUUGCAAUAUAUAUAAUAUGAUAUAGGCACGUACCGGGCAUUUGUCAUCGAAACAGCUAUAGGGCCUAUAGGCCUAUAAAUUAUAUAGUGUUUCCAAUUCCUUACCAUAUAAUUUUCCGAAGCUUAACUUUUAAACUAUUAAGAAUUAAGAGGGUGUUUUAUAUGUUCACGUAUCACCAAGAUCAAAAUAAAGAAGGAACCUUUAAAGUACUUAACUUUUACUUAACUUUUAAGGGUUAAAUGAGAACUAUUAAUGAGAACAUCGUAUAUCAUUGGCAUUAUAUAUAUAGGCCUAGCUACCAAAGUAAUUUUGCAAAACCGUUUGAUUCAAGGAUAAGACAUUUUCAACUAACAGGAUGAGACAUAACAACUUCAGGCUCAGUAAUAGAAGAGGCUGUGGCAACAGCGAAAUUAAUUUUGUAGGAUUUUAAUGUUUUAACUCAGGUUUUAGAUUUUUAAUAAAAAUAAAACUGUGUUGAAAGAGACAUCGUCCAAAAGCACAAAUUUUUCCAUGCUUCAACUAAGAGACUUUUAUAUAUAUAUAUAUACUACCAUGAUAUUAAUAAUAGUAAAAUGCACAAUUUAAAUAUAUACCUUUUGAAAGUAGCCUUUGUCAGUCUUUUGAAAUUGUAUCCGGAAUAUCUGUACUUUGUGUUCAGUUUAUAGACGAUUUGAUGCCAUGACAACUCAUAUAGGCACUGCAAAGAUGAACGCAUUUCAUUUGUUAUAAUAAAAAUGAAGAAUUCUAAAAUGUAUGAAGGUUGAUAAGUAACCUCAGUAACAUUUGAACAUAUGAAGUCUUAAUACCACUUUUUUCGGCAGAAACAAGCCUUAUAGCCUAGAUUGUAUUUCCUAUAGUUCAGUGAUUAGGUAUAUUCUAUUUACUAUUGAUUCCAGGAAAUAAUUAGAAAACUGAAUUCCGGGAAGUCCAAUACUAGGAAGUUAGGAAUUAAUACAAAUAACAAACUCUAUAAUACCCGUCUCAAACCACAAACAGCUGCUGCAUACAAUCACAAUCAAUGCAUGCGCAUAAUGCCGCCAUGGCGAAAUAAGUAUUAUUGGUGCACAUUUCGGUUGCGAAAUUCAUCUUACCCAUUUGUACCUUGAAAGCAGAGCCUAGCUGAUUUGCACUCGCGGUGAAAAUAAGGCUCUACCACUUUUGUGUUUUCGUUCGUCCAGAAUUUUGGACGAAGCAAACCGGUUCUAACAGGUUUUUAUUGCGCGCGCCUUGGCAUGUAGGGCCUAAACCGAUGACUAAAGUUUGAGCCCGCUAUCCAAAAUUUAAAUUUUUUCUUUAAUCGACGUUUUGAACGUUUGCCCGACAAUAAAUCUAUAAAUAGCUUAAAUUUAAUGAAAAGUAAACCCAGGCGUUCUAAAAAUUGGGAUAAAAAUAAACUAGCAAGUUAACAAUUGUAAAAAUAUAGUAAACAAUCUGUUAUGUGGAGACACGCUUGUGAAAAACAUGGAGGUGAUAUACCAUCCUUUGUUAUGAAUGUUACUGGUAUUUUUCGUGAUGAUGCGAUGUUGAGACAAAUCACGGAAGCAGUACUUAUUGGCAAAGUAAAGCACAACGAAUUAAUAAACACGAAGAAUGAGUGGAACUAUGUGAAAGUUCCCCGUGCUAUUGUAACAGUAGAGUAAUUAUAUGACUACAUGAAGUUUUACCCUUUUUGAACAGAAGAUUGACUAUAUUUGUGCUACAUGAAGUUUUUAUUCGUUUUUAUCUAUUUACAAUAUGGCGAUUUAUUGAAAAGGUCCGAAGGUCGAAACUUGUUUGAAAUCGCCUUUUUAGUCUUAUUUUAAUUGUAUAUAUGGUGUAGAAGGCUGACAAUAAUAAAUAUUUUAUAAUAUCAAUGAGUAAUAUUUUGAUUUCACAAGUUAUACAAGUGGCAAACACUAUAUAUCUAUUUUAAAAUAGAUUAGAAAAUGUUGUUGUUGGUUAUAUUGCUAUAAUUGUACAGCACGUGCAGAGCAUGUAGCUAUAACUGUAUGCGAUUGGUUCUCUAGUAGCAGUCAUUCUAAAAAUACGAGUGAUUCUAUUGACAUGUUUUGACAAAUGAAAAACAGAGCAUGCUCAACAGAAUUAAACCAAACACAAAAACAGCAGAGCCUUAUCAGUUUCACCGCGAGGGCAAAUCAGGCUCUGCUCUCAGGUUGACCCAGGGGCGAAACUAGCCCCUUUUAAUUCGAGGGGGGGGUGUCUGCCAGAAUUGUUCAAAAUGAAAGGUUAUUGUAUAUUCAUCAUAUGCAAAUUCUUAUACACUGGGAAAAAAUGUGAAAUCCACACUAUGAAUUUGCAAUUGCACUAUUAAAUCCAUAGUAUAUCCAUAUACUAUAAUCCAUAGUAUGGAAAUAUACAAUUAUUAUGGAUUAUCAAAAUCCAUUCUAUUUCCAAUAAAGGUCCAUCCAAUUUCCAUUCUAUGACCUUCGACGGAUUUUCAAAAUUUUUUCAAGUGGUGGCCAUUUUGUGGCGAUUUUCUGGUAAUAGAGCUAUAAGUUUUGAUUUGACUUCCACCUACCGUUACUCCUACCAUUAUAAGGGAUCAUUAACCAAUCAAAUACAUUUGAUAUAUCCGAUUAACCAAUCAGAUGCGUACUAAGCCAGUGAGAGGUAGCGGUACUGGAAGUCAAAUCUUGAUUAUUAUAUUAAAUUAGAUUAGAAUCUCCAAUAUAACAACGUGGUCUGUAAAAACACUCUAUUUCUCUAUUUUCUCUCAUUUAAUAGCAACAAAAAUUGGCAAAUUUGGUGUUGACGCUUUUAGUAGAAGUUGAAAACGACGAGAGAAAGAUGCGUUGUGACUGCGCAAUGAGAAAACAGAAGAGAGAUUACUUCACAAAGAUUUGUUUCCUGAUUUCCAAGCUGUUGCUCGAGGCGCGUGGAAAUGACAACAGAUUCGAGAAUGAAAAUAUGAUAAUAGUACGUAUUAUUUGUUAUUUGUAGGAUUUGCAGUGGGAGGAGUAUAACCAAUGUUGAUUUGCAUGUAGAAACCUAGUAGAAAUUAACGAGUACUUCACACUUAGCAUGUGAUGUCACACUUAUCAAAUUCUACCCAAAAUUGGUCAAACCUGCAAAAGUCAGACGAGUAACCAGUAACCAGUAACCAAGCCCGUGACUGCUUGGUUUGCAAGCUAAGAUCAAAUUUGGUUUCGCGACAACAGCGACCAAUACUAUAUAUAUAUUCUAUAACAUGGUCUGUGAGAACAUGUGAUUGAUAAAUUAAAUUUGGCAAGUGGACACUUUAUAAAAUAACAUGUAUAUAACGCGUGCUCUGAUAGGUCGAAACCCGUGUUUGGACCAGGCCAUCCAAACAAGGAAAUUUAAAGUGAAAGUUUUUUAAAGUGAAAUUUUAACACGGAAAGUUGUUAUUUUAUAAAACAAUUACUUUAUGGUUUCCGUGUUUGGAUGCCCUCAUCCAAACACUUGGGAAUGUUGCUCGAGUUAAGAAAAGCGCGCAAAAUCACUUGCCUUCGGCUCGUGUUUCGCGCGCUUUUCUUAACUCUCGCAAAUUCCCGCGUGUUCGGAUCAGGCCAUCCAAACACGGAAACCAUAAAGUAAUUGUAUAGUAAUGUUCUUGCAAUAAUGAAAACACGAUAUUUUUCACAUAGUACUGUAAAUGUUGUUGUUUACCGUACACGCGUUUAGAACAGGGACGUGCUGUGGUCUUGAAAAGGACGACGAAUGAGCAACGUCUGAUGAGGCCCAGGCCCAGUGAGACAGAUGGUUUAAGAUUGGGGUGGGAGGUAUUACUGAUCAAACAUGAAACAUUUCAGUCGCUAAUUAAUCUCUUUUCCCCAACAUUGUUGGCGAGCGAGAGGGGGGG